AUGGCUGACUUCUUUGAGGACACCUCUGCCAAUGUGGAGUGGCACAUUGGCAACUAUACAAUCCUCAGUGACAUCGGGAAGGGCUCCUUUGGCGAGGUUAGACUGGCCCGGCACAUCAUGACCAGCACGGAGGUGGCCGUGAAAAUUGUGAACUACGAAGACUAUUCAGAUGUAGCCGAAGAGAUUUAUUCACUGAAAGAGCUGAAUCACCCAAAUAUAACAACACUCUUUGAAGUGAUUAAUACCCACCAGCAAGUCUACAUGUUCAUGGAGUACGCCCCUGAGGGCACGUUACAUGAGUAUAUAAGAAAGUGCGGUCCUUUCUCCGAGAAGAAAGCGCGAGCCCCGUUUCGCCAGAUCCUGUCAGCAGUCCAUUACUGCCAUCAAAAAAACAUUGUCCACCGGGACAUAAAACCCGAGAACAUCCUUCUGGACAUGGGGCUGAAUAUAAAACUGGCUGACUUCGGGCUGAGUGAAGUGUUUAUGGGGGAAAAACUCACCACCGUCUGCGGCACCAACCCCUACAUGGCCCCAGAACUGUUCCGGCUCGAACCGUACGAGGGCCCGAAGGUGGACGUGUGGAGCGUGGGGAUCGUGCUGUACAAGAUGCUGACCGGCGUGCUUCCCUUUGUGGGCAAAGACUUACAACAGCUCACGGAAUACAUCUUGAGCGGGGUCUUUUUUAUUCCGUACUCUCUGUCAGUACCGUGCCACAAACUAUUACAAAAGAUGAUCAACACUGACGCCGGCCGAAGACCCACCCUGGGAAUCAUCAUGCGAGAUCGUUGGGUCAAUACGGGGCGGUCAUCAGUAAUGACACCCUACAUUGAACCACCCGGUGCUGACUUAGACCCCCAGGUAACACAGAUCAUGAGGACCCUGGGCUAUCAGAAGGAGGAGAUAGAAGAAUCCCUGACGGGGAAAAAAUUCAAUAAUACCAUGGGGACGUAUCGAAUUUUAAAUAUGAAACUCAACAUCGGUGCCCGCAAGAUCAAGGUGAGGCCCUGCUCCUCCUCUGAACCCAACAUGAGACUUUCCAGAGCCCAGGGGGUGUGGGCAUCAGGGAGGAAGGGCAGAGACCCUGUGACUCCACCACCGAGCCCAGAAUGCAAUGUGCCCACUCCCGCAUGCAGCCUUGAAUGGAACAGCUCCACUUCCUCGUGCAGCAUUCGGGGCAAGACCACCACGCCCGCAGGAAGCAUGCCAGGCACGACCACCACGCCCGCAGGAAGCAUGCCAGGCACGACCACCACGCCCGCAGGAAGCAUGCCAGGCACGACCACCACGCCCGCAGGAAGCAUGCCAGGCACGACCACCACGCCCGCAGGAAGCAUGCCAGGCACGACCACCACGCCCGCAGGAAGCAUGCCAGGCACGACCACCACGCCUGCAGGAAGCAUGCCAGGCACGACCACCACGCCCGCAGGAAGCAUGCCAGGCACGACCACCACGCCCGCAGGAAGCAUGCCAGGCACGACCACCACGCCCGCAGGAAGCAUGCCAGGCACGACCACCACGCCCGCAGGAAGCAUGCCAGGCACGACCACCACGCCCGCAGGAAGCAUGCCAGGCACGACCACCACGCCCGCAGGAAGCAUGCCAGGCACGACCUCUCCCGCAGGAAGCAUGCCAGGCACGACCACCACGCCCACAGGAAGCAUGCCAGGCACGACCACCACGCCCGCAGGAAGCAUGCCAGGCACGACCACCACGCCCUCGGAAAGCAUGCCAGGCACGACCACCACGCCCGCAGGAAGCAGGCCAGGCACGACCACCACGCCCGCAGGAAGCAUGCCAGGCACGACCUCUCCCGCAGGAAGCAUGCCAGGCACGACCACCACGCCCUCAGGAAGCAUGCCAGGCACGACCACCACGCCCGCAGGAAGCAUGCCAGGCACGACCACCACGCCCUCGGAAAGCAUGCCAGCCAUGACCUCUCCCGCAGGAAGCAUGAGAGGCAAAACCACCACGCCCUCAAGAAGCACCAGUUCCCCAGGGAGCCUGGAAUGGAACACCGACACUCCACCAAUUAGAGUGGAGGUGAGGAAGAUCAUCGUCCAGCCAGGCAGCGCGCACCUGGACAGGACCAGCCAGACAGGAAGCGUGCACCUGGGGAGCUCCGGCCAGCCGGGCAGUGCACAAGGGGAGAGGACCAGCCAGCGAGGAAGCACUUGCCGGGAGCCGACCAGUCAGCCGGGCAGCAGGGAAUUAAGGAGUCAGGUACUCCAUGGUGACAAUAAGAUUUUCCCUGACACCCAAAGCAGCAGCAGCCCCAGAAGCUGUGGGGGAGCCCCAGAGGGGAGAAACACUGACAAUUGUCAAGCUGGGCCAUCUAAUGAGGGGACCUCUUCCUCUGGCCAGAGACAGGGCCGGCAAGGGGUCGCAAGAAGGGUAUUUGGAUUUUUAAAAAAAUUCCUGUGUUGCACAGCAGGGCCCAGAAAAAAACGCAUAAAAAUAACACAGGUGGCACCUAUGUGA